AUGGCCGUUACCACAAACGCAGUCAUCGCCUCCUUUGGCGGCAAGCUUCUGAAGCUUAGUCACAAGGCCACUUCAACCAGGUGUGAGAUGGCUUUCAAUCUCUAUCUUCCACCGCAGGCUUUCGAGGAUCCGCCGAGGAGAAUUCCUGUCCUGAUCUAUCUCUCUGGCCUGACAUGUACCGCCGAUAACUGCUCUGAGAAAGGGUUCUUCCAGCACGGGGCCAGCAAGAAUGGAAUCGCUGUGCUAUAUCCCGAUACCAGUCCUCGUACGACUCCUCUGUCCUUCCCGCGCUGCUAUUUCUCGAUGCCCUUCCUGAUGCUCGAGCCGUCAUUUGAAAUUGAGCCUCAGGGGGGCCUGAACAUCCCAGGAGAGAACGAUAGCUGGGACUUCGGGACAGGUGCCGGGUUCUACGUAGACGCGACCCAGAAGCCUUACCAUGAAGCGUACAAGAUGUACACGUACGUGAAAGAGGAGCUACCCAAUGUAGUUUUCCAACAAUUUCCCCAGCUGGAUCCCGAGAGGGUCAGUAUCACGGGUCACAGUAUGGGCGGCCACGGAGCUUUAAUGCUGUACCUUCGCAACCCCGGAAAAUACCGAUCAGUCUCGGCCUUUGCACCGAUUUGUAACCCCAUCAACUGCCCUUGGGGCCAAAAGGCCUUCUCAGGCUAUCUCGGAGAGAAUCACCCGGACUUAUGGAAAGAAUAUGAUUCUACCGAGUUGGUGAAAGGAUGGAAAGGUCCCUUGAAGAUGCUGAUCGACGUGGGUACUGGCGACAAUUUCUACAAGCAAGGCCAACUUCUCCCCGAAAACUUCGAGCAAGCCGUCACCGAAGCUGGCGUUAAAGGUCUACAGAUACGCUAUCAACCAGACUACGACCAUAGCUACUACACCAUGGCGUCAUUCUCGGAUGACCACAUUGCGCAUGCGGCACAAUACCUUGUAUAG